CGCAUCGGGCCGCCGACCGCGACGCUCUCGUCGCCCGCCGCCGCGACGCCCCGACAUCGCGAAAAAAGUUUACACGAAACUUUCAUAAAGACUUUCCUUUCAAUUAAACUCCCGUUGAAUCGAAACUGUCUGCUAUUCCCGGAGUAUUCCGAGUGUCAUCUCCUAAAAACCGGAAUUUGGUGCACUCCGGAACGGGUUUGGUUACCCGUGAGGACGUGAAGUGCUAACUUGAUUUUCAGAGUGCUGUGUUCAGUGUCAGUGACUGGGCAUUUUAUUGUUUCUAAAAGGGAUUGAACUGGACUCUAUCCCUUGAACAGUUCUUAAAGGGUGGCUGCUAAGCUAUCGUGCUGUUAAAAGUUUCAAGCAUGCCGCUGCCCGCGCCCCCGCCCGCCUAAGGCAUGAGCGGCCGCGGAGCGGGCGGGCAACGCUGCCAGCUGAUUCUGCAGCGUUGCCUCGCGAUCCAGCUCACCAAGCCCGGCAACGCGCCUGAGGACUUCUGGAUGUAUGACUCCGGGUAUCUGCUCUUCCAGAGUUUCCUAGCAGCGAACGCAAAAUGUUGGUGGGCGGGCGCGCUAGCGGCGGCGACGGCGGAGCUCCGCUACGCGGGCUACGUGAGCCCGGGGGUGCUGCUGGUGGGCGGCGCGCCGCGCGCGCUGGAGACCGUGCGCGGGGCCUACUCGAGAUCCGUUCUCAAGCCUCCCCCUACGUACCUUAUCUGCGGGCUCGGUGACAUCGAAGACUGCAUAGUGACGCCCGCGUACCAGGGCCAGUUCACGCCGCUUCCCGAAGCCUUGUGCGACUGCAUUAUGGACCUCACGUCGCAGGGCCAGUCAGCGACGCUGGAGAGCAUACGAACGUCGCUAUCGUCGAAAUUCCCGCUAAUGCAGACGCCGUCGCAGGAGAUGGUGUACGACACUCUCGCGCAACUCAUGCAGGACAGGAAAAUCUACCAAACCUCGAGGGGCUUCUUCAUCGUCACACCUGAACGCCGCCGCUCCCGGUCACGUUCAUCAUCCCGCCACCACGACGACGACUGCCCUUCCCCACGGACGCUACUCAUGUCCGACCAAGAGGCGUUGCACCAGCUCUACGGCGAGAUCACCACCGUCCGCGACGGCGCCAUCACUCACCAGUGCGUGCAGACCAACCUCGCUGACGUCAUCUGCGGGGGAAACCCCAACGACAAGAUCCUCUACGGGCGUCCAAACAAGCGGCGUAGCGCGUCGUUCCCCGCGCCGCGCUCGCUCGACCGGCGCCACUCGCUCCGCAUCUUCGGCUCGUCCAGCAAGUACCUGCAGCGCUGCGCCUCCACGCGCAGUCUGCACCACAAACACAACAAUACGACCGACAGCUCUUCGUCCACCGACUAUCCUCCCAGCGUUGAAUCAGCGUCGCCUAAAAAAGCGUCCCUGCUGUCCCGCUUAUUCAGACGAAGCGGCCGCAGCAAGCAGGCGCGGGCGAUGAGCACCUUCUCUGCGCAGUUUCCCCCCACCGAGUGGUUCAACUCCAAGGCGGUGCACCUUCACUGCGUUGCUACACAGACCAACUCUAAGGAGUCACUGCAGAGUCAAACAUCAUACGUGUCAUCAUACUAUGACGGUUCAGAGAUUAGUAAUCGGUCGUCUACGCUCCCGCGACGACACAAGCGGCACCUUUCCACCGAGUCCGGGCUCGCGGGCUCCGUCCACUACGACCACUCCCCGGUGCGCCACUCAAGCCCUAGCUCCGGCAGCCUGCCCCGCUCCACUCUAAGCAGAAGUUCUACCAACAAAACUAUGCUUGACCACUUCGGCUCCCCACAACGAAACAGCGACCCUAAGCUUAGAGAUAGUCCAAGCGGUAGCUUGAGAAGAGUCGACUAUGCGCAUUCAGACCACAUCAUGUCCACUAGCGGCCCCUCUAGCCUCGAAAGCACAACGACACAUCGAACCCCAAGAAAAGACUCCAAAAACGGGUCAGAACAGAACUCACCCAUGAAAAGAAACUAUCACACUAGUGGCAGCAGCGGUCACUCCAGUUUAGAAUCCCACAUAUCAGACCGCACGCUGAAACCGUCCCCUAGUCACAGCAACGCGCCGGGCCUGAGCAGAGCGCAGUCGCUUGUCAAGGUUCAGAGUUUGCAGAGCUCUCCCAAGAGCCUGCAUAAAUACAGAAACAAACCACCGAUGGUUGGCGGCGAGACAAAAAACGGCAAAAUUUCCCCGAGAACUUCUCCAAAAAACUGCCCAAGUACCCCCAAGAAAACGGGCACACCGCUGCACCACAAAGCUAUAGGGCCGAAGGCAGAGAGCCCCUCUCCUACUAUGAUGUCAUCCGCUAACACCAACAACUCCAUUACGCUCAAAGUUACCACGAAUACGAUAUCUCAAAACGGUGGAACUAACACCAAGGUUUACGUACAAAAUUCGCCCGUAAGAUCCGUAAUCACGUUCGAAAACGGAAAAGUUACUGAAACAAGCAACGGCAGCAAUAUUUACAUCAUCAAUGACGAUAGACAAGUUGUUUCUGUGUCGCAAAAUGGUGUCGGGAACCAGACGACAAAAAACCCAACUGAAACCUCAUUCGAAACUUGUGUUGAGAAAAACAAUCAGCUCUAUCAAGAUACAGAAACCAUUAAAGUCCAAGAAAAUAAGUUCAAUAAAAAUUCAAUAAAUGAUACUGGUAUGAAUAAUAACCGCAAGUUGUCGUUGCAAAUUGGAGCUACGAAUAAUAACAGUUUCAUAUACAAAAAUCAACUGAACAAUUCGAAUGAGGUCGCUUCAAACCCUGCAUCUCCAGCUAUUCAUAAUAACAUAAAUAACCUGGACAACACCACAAACAGCAACCCUUCAACUCCAACCAAGAGCUACGAUAAUAUUAUUGGAUCUCUGGGAAGCCUGAGGUAUCAAAAAAACUCUCUAACAUCGGCUAACGGUGGACUGCAAACAAAUAUAAAUUCAAACAGUGAGUUGAAAAGCGUCGAUUUACUAAAGAAAGCUGCAGCGUUACAAAUGCUGAACGGACUUCCGAAUGUAAAUAACAGGAUGAGCUCGGACUCCAUCGCUAAUCUUUUAUCAAAAGGCGUUGAGAAACCGGCCGUGUUAGGAUCCGAGCCUAACUUGGCUUUAAAGAAUCAAGACACGAUUAAAGAUAUCAACACGUCGACGGAGAAGAUAAAUAGUUUGGAGAAUAAACAGAAGAGGUACAGCCUAAGCCAGGAAAGUAAGAAAGAGAAUCAGGAUUUUUACAACUUCCCUAGCUUAAGUGACUUGAGCUUUAAUUUCACUAGUUUAGCAGCGCAGAAGAUAUUAAAGGGGGUCAGUAUAAACAGUGUGGACACACUGGUGGAACUCAACAUGGCGGCCACAACGGAGAAGCAGAACAACCGCGACGUGGCCGCCGUGUGCACCGACUUUGGUCUUGUAUAGUAGAUAUAACACUUGUUCAUUUUGUUAAAAAUGUAAAAUAGUAGUCUUAACAUUAUAAAAUAAGUUAGUUGUGUAACUUAUUCAUAACUACUUUAUAACAAGCUUUAGAUACGCACUACUCGUAAUACUUAGUUCAAGACCUGUACUCAUUUUAAGAAUUUGUACUCCUCAACAUUUUUGAACUAUCUUUUUACUGUAUCCUACUAAAAUGGGUUUGAAGCUACUAACGCGUCAACAAAACGUAGACAUUAACGUAACAAUAUUCAUACGUGUAUUAUCUUAAAACAUAAUCAGUAAAUUCUUAGUUUGUAGCUCACUUUGAAGUAAUGGGACAAUAAAAUUAUCACCAUGUGAGUAAAGGUGGCCUAAAUCAACAAUGUAUAUUCCACAGAAAGCUAGUGCCUAUAAUGUAGUAUUAAUUAAUGUCCUUUACACUAGAUUUCAUUCUCCCACGUCUUGCACCUAAUAUUUAUCACACCUAUCCUAUAUUUAGCCUAUGAUUCCCUGCAACAGCACUUGUAAUUGUGCCAUCACUAUCCAGUGUGAAAGUCGAGUACAAACUAGAAUACCUGUCACCAUUCAGUGAGCCAGAGUCCAUCCACCAUUGGGAAUUAAUAAGAGUAUAAUUAAACAAAUGUCAUGUUUAAGUGCCAUAAAUAAAAUCAUAGAAUGCAUGAUGUAGUUGAGCUGGCAAAAGAUUGGUGUUAAAAAUUGGUAUCUGUAACAUUAGAUCUGCAUGUGCCACUGAUUCACAAAAUCAAAUUGUUCCGAGAUUGAAGUAAAUAUGCAUAGGUAAUUACUGUAAAUUGGUUCAGAAGGCGUAUUGCCAAUAUCGACAUCCCGAAAAACGUUAUUUGCCUCUUAUUCGAGAGAUAGAGACACUGAUAACAAUUUUCGAUUAUUAGGGUUUCGUACCUACCUCAAAAGGAAAAAAACGGAAACCUUAUAGGAUCACUUUGUUGUCCGUCUGUCAUUCAAGACCCUUUAUCUAGAGUUAAAAUUAAAACCAUAUCUACAGUCACUCGUCAGGUCUGCAGUCCCUUGAAGCUGUGAAAAAAUCAAACUUUUCAAAAAGAUACGGCCGCUUUUGCCGUUAAAAACGUAUAUUUCGACACUCUCAAGGGAAUCAAAAUUGACAGGGUACUUGCGGUUGACCUAGAACUACCUAUGAAAUAUGGCAAGUAAUACCGUCUACAAGUAUAGGGUGUUUUCAAUGGAAUAAAUGAUAUAUGAAACUCUGAAAACUAUAAUUUUGUUAUUCAAUCGUAAAAAUCUUUAUUUUAAGGUAUGUCGUCGUACAUAAUUGUAUUGGUGGCCAAAUAUUUUGUAGAUUUUUACAAAUUUUGACAAAAGAGUAAAAUCUGAAAAGCAUAUUUUUAUGUACGGAACCCUUGGCGGGCGAGUCCGACUCGCACUUGUCCGGUUUUUUUGGGGCUUGGUGAUCUUUGCGGCAACCUCUGGUGGUCAAAAGUUGACAUUUGUCAAUCCAGGUACCACAAAAUGUGUUUAUGUACAGCGCCAUCUAAUUUAGCUGUUAAACCCGGGGCACGUUUUUUCUUAGACUUUAUAACAAAGAAAUUAUCUGGACAUUUGUCGUCAAACCUCCAAAUUACUAAUUCAAAAUGAAAAUGACCUACCUAAUACUGAGAGGUUCACGGUAUCUCACAAUUUUUGUUGCAUUUAUGAAGUUGAAUACUUAUAUUACGAAUAAAUGCUCGUAAAAUUGACAUUUAAGUCGCGUGUAAGCGGCAUAAAGUUGCUUAUUAUGCUCUAGAGCAUAAAGUAAAAUCAUCUCUUACAACCCUUAUUGACUUUACAAUAAAGUGCAAAAUCUGCCAUACGAUUUUCUUUAGUAUUGAGAAAAUACGGUAAAAACCUAAAAUAUUGGAUAUUUUUGUAUAUUUUACUCACAAUCGAAGUGAAAAGUAGAGUAUACAACUCGGACGUAAAUGUCCCAAUGCCUUCCUCGACCUAUAUCGGUCCGAGCAUACUCGGAAGACGUGGGUAGCUUUAUGCCCUAGUUGUACAAUAUACUAUUGAUUUUGUGAACCACAUGGUACAAGUAGAAACAUAAAGGGUAAUAUUUAUUAAUUAGGGAAUGUAAUCGGAAGUCAAUGCAUAGAUCCUAGAAUAAGUGUUCCAAUAACGCCAUUUGUAAAAAUGUAUUAACAAUAAAAGUUGAUGCUUUUAA